UUUUGGUGAUCGUUUGGUUGAUUAAAAGUUUUUGUCUCCGUUAAUUGUUUUCUGUUACCUGAUUAGUUUUAAUUGUUUGUUUGUUUAUUCUCUUUGUUUACCUUUGUCUUGCAAUGUUACCAGCGAGAAAUUACAAGAAAUGUCUCAUCAAACCUUUGCCUUUGGACAAAAUUGUAAUAACAAAAAGCCCAACAGUUCAAGUCUCUCUUAUUGAUGUUUCUUUAACCCAAGAUUCAAACAAUAAUAGUAAUAUUGUUAAUAGUUACAAUAAUAAGAGAAGACAAUCAGUGCCGAGAGAAGAUGAUCUGGAAACAUUAGAUUCACCACUUGAUUAUACAAUCGAUGAAAGUGAUGAUGAAGAUAAAAUCAGUUACCAUUCAAGUCAACUGAACAUCUCAAAUGAAGCUAGAAAAAGCUUCACUUCAAUGAUUCAAAGGAAUAUGGCUACUCCUCCAUCUAAUCUUAAAGAUCUUCUGAAACCAUCGCCUUUGGAAUUUGUUAAAAAAAGGAAAAGAAAACCGCAAAUUAUUCCCUUAGCUCCUUUAACUCCAACCAAAGCUUAUGAUGGGAUCGACGAAAGUUCUCCUAUAAAAAAGGUCAAGGGUAAUUGUUAUGCUGACCAAAGUUGCAUCUUUAUCAAUCGGAAUAGAAAAUGUCAACAUUCAAAACGACAGGAUAAGGUGACCAAUUCAUCUCAUCUUAUUACAUUAGUCGAUCAAAUGAAAGAUCUAAUGGAAAGAGAGAAAACUGCUCGAACAAUUUGGCGUCAUUCUGUUACUUCACAAUUAAAGAAUAAAUUUAAAGAGAUGGUUAAAGGUAAAGAUACUAUAACUCUACAGCUUUCUAAUUUCUCUUGUAAAUUUCACUGUGGAUUCGCUGAUGGUUCAAUCAUUGAGACAACUGUUGAAAAUACUUUUACUAUCGGUGAAACUGUUCAGUUGAUUUUCCCUUCCUUGGUUUGUGAAAGUAUGGGCUUAGCCAAUGGUCUAACAAUCAGGUUAAUUUCUCCCUGGAAUGUGAUAUCAAUCAACAAUCAAAGAUUUGUUCUUAAUCCAUUUUGGAUCUCAGUUGUUAAACGUGGUGAGGUUAAUCAAGAUAAAUCGAAACGUGAAACAACAUCAACAUCAAUCAUUGAAGAGGAAACAAUAAUCCAAUGGACGUGCCCAUGUCAACAAAGUCUCGGAGCCAUUGAUCCGCUUGAUUGUAAUUUAGCUCUUUCCCAACGAUCAUCAUUAUCUCAAACCAAAUCUCAAUGCUAAUUGUUACUUUUGUACCUCAAUUAUUAUACUAUCAAAAGAGUUCAAAAGCUAAAAGGUUAUCACAAUCAAACCUUCACAUUAUUUAGUUGCAACUUUUUGUUUACUUUUCUAUCUUGUUAAUGAUCAAAAUUAAAUUUGAAUUAUAUUUCUAAUGAAACAAUUGA